ACGGCCACCCCCGCCAUGGAAGCCAAGUACGCAAAAGCAGCGUCUUCUUUUGCGGGGAGAAAGGGCGGAAUCGAAGCCGUCGCGGCAAAUAAAAGCGCGACUCUCGCGGUUGUAUUUAUUCAUUUGUGCCUCAAGGACGGCGCACUAAGCGCCCGCGCGCCGCAGCAUCCGGGCGGGAAUGACCGCUCCUCGGUGAGGGGCCCCCUCGUGGCCGGAGAGGAGCCGUGCUGCGCAUGCGUCGGCCGGCGGAAAGCGACGUGUUCCUCCGGGGCCCUCCCUCGUCACGUGGCGAGGGGAGCGAUCCGAUUGGCCGGCGCUCGGGGCCCUCCCUCCCGGCGGGUGGCGACGCGGCAGCCCUUCCUUUCUGCGGCGGCGAUGGCGGGGGCCGGCGUGGGCCCGGCGGGGCUGGCGGCGCUGCUGCUGCUGGCGCUGCUGAGCGGGGCGCGAGCUGAGACCUGCACAGAACCUGCCAUCUCCCCCUCCUACUACACCACCUCCGAUGCUGUCAUUUCUUCUGAGACGGUCUUCGUCGUGGAGAUUUCCCUUACAUGUAAAAAUGGAGCUCAGAAUGUUGCCCUCUAUGCAGAUGUUAAUGGCAAGCAAUUUCCCGUCACUCGGGGUCAGGAUGUUGGCCGCUAUCAGGUCUCCUGGAGCAUGGAGCACAAGCUGGCCCGUUCUGGUACCUACGAGGUGAAAUUCUUUGAUGAGGAGUCUUACAGCAUUUUGCGUAAGGCUCAGCGCAACAAUGAGGACAUCUCUGGGAUCAAGCCCCUGUUCACAGUCAAUGUGGAUCAUCGAGGUGCCUGGAACGGCCCGUGGGUCUCCACCGAGGUGCUGGCAGCCUGCAUUGGCCUCCUUGUGUACUACAUGGCCUUCAGUGCCAAGAGCAACAUCCAAGCCUAACCCACUUCAAUAAACUCUUCCUGCCAA